AACCCAGGGCCCACCCCUCAGCCCGCCCCCAGACUGGGUGGGGUGACCCCUACAGAAGCUCCGAGUUGCCAGCAGCAGCUGCUUCCUCCUAGAGUCCCACACCCCAGUCGGGAAGUCGGGAAGUUUGGAGGAUGAGGAUGAGGCCCGUCAGCCCUGAGGUUUCCCGAGGCCGGCCCUGUGCCCUGGCAGCCCACCUGCGUCCCAGCUGCGCCCUCCUCCUGACCCUGCUCGGCGUGGCCGCGGGCUCCAGGGGCCCCGUGGUGCCCAGCCAGCCCUUCACCACCGUCUGGAACGCCAACACGCAGUGGUGCCUGGAGAGGCACGGCGUGGACGUGGACGUCAGUGUCUUCGACGUGGUGGCCAACCCAGGGCAGACCUUCCUGGGCCCGGACAUGACCAUCUUCUACAGCUCGCAGCUGGGCACCUACCCCUACUACACGGCUGCCGGGGAGCCCGUGUUCGGUGGCCUGCCCCAGAACGCCAGCCUGGACGCCCACCUGGCCCGCGCGUACCACGACGUCCUGGCGGCCAUGCCUGCCUCCGACUUCUCGGGGCUGGCGGUCAUCGACUGGGAGGCCUGGCGCCCACGCUGGGCCUUCAACUGGGACACCAAGGACAUUUAUCGGCAGCGCUCGCGGGCGCUGGUUCAGGGGCGGCACCCGGACUGGCCGGCUCCUUGGGUGGAGGCAGCAGCCCAGGCCCAGUUCCAGAGCGCCGCGCAGGCCUGGAUGGGGGGCACGCUCCGGCUGGGCCGGGCCCUGCGGCCCCGCGGGCUCUGGGGCUUCUACGGCUUCCCUGGCUGCUACAACUACGACUUCCUAAACCCCAACUACACAGGCGAGUGCCCGCCGGGCGUCCGUGCCCAGAACGACCAGCUGGGCUGGCUGUGGGCCCAGAGCCGUGCCCUCUACCCCAGCAUCUACCUUCCCGCGGCGCUGGCGGGCACAGGGAAGGCACAGAUGUACGUGCGGCACCGAGUGGGUGAGGCGUUCCGUGUGGCUGGGGGUGCUGGGGACCCCAGUCUGCCGGUGCUGCCCUACGUCCAGAUCUUCUAUGACAUGACCGACCGCUUUCUGUCCCUGGACGAGCUGGAGCACAGCCUGGGGGAGAGCGCGGCCCAGGGAGCAGCGGGAGUGGUGCUCUGGGUGAGCUGGGAGAACACGAAAACCAAGGAAUCAUGCCAGGCCAUCAAGGAGUACGUGGACACCACGCUGGGGCCCUUCGUCCUGAACGUGACCAGUGCGGCCCGUCUGUGCAGUGAGGCCCUGUGCUCCGGCCAUGGCCGCUGUGCCCGGAGCCCCAGCCACCCCGAGGCCCUCCUCUUCCUCAACCCCACCAGUUUCGCCAUUGAACUCCCGCCUGGCGGUGGGCCCCUGACCCUACGAGGUGCCCUCUCCCCUGAGGAUCGGGAACGCAUGGCGGUGGAGUUCAAAUGUCACUGCUACCCGGGCUGGAGGGGAGCCUGGUGUGAGCACCUGGCCACACCCCAGGUGCACCACCCAGUCGUGUAACAGCCUGGCCCAGGCUUCCCAAGGGCAGGCCCAGCUAUACAAGUCACGGCCACACUCGGGGGUACCGGCAGGAGCAUCUGCCUGUCAUGCUCACAUACCACGUACUGCCCGGGAGUCUGCGGACCCACCUCGGGUCUCAAACAUCACCUCCAGAGACGGGGCUGCCCGUCCUUAAAUGCAGCGACCACCCAGCCCUGUGCUGAGCAUGUGGAGGGGCCUAACUCCUUCAGCCUCAGGCGCCGCUAAGGGGGCGCUGAGCAAGCCCGGAGGGAGCGCACUGCACCAGGUGGCACCGCCAUAACGGAGCAGCUGGGGUUCCCACCAGGCGUCUGCUGUAGGGUGGCGCCCCUGGCUGCGCCCGCGGGGAUGGCCAGCAGCCCGAACCCUGUAAAUAAAGCCGACAGACGUGCUUCUCA